AAUCAUUGGGGGGAAUCCAGAGUAGACUUCCAAAGGGGGCGAUUGUAAAGACUGAUUCAGCUUCAGCUCGCGACCUGUUGGAUGCGAGCGAUGUUCCCAGGCGUUCACGCCACACUGAGGUACGAAUCUAUUGGGUUCGUGAACAAUUGGAAUCCCAAAGCGUUGUCAUUGUUUGGAUGAAGGGUAGUGAAAAUCCUAGUGACAUGAUGACCAAAGUGUUGGACACCCGGUAUCGUGAAUUGUUGGGUUUUGUUGCAGGCGAAGGUAUUCUUUCUGUUUCGAGGUUACCAGCCCAGAUGAUGUCUGAGACACCUGAGAGUGAGGAACUGGCCGCACUGAUGGGAGUGAUAGUUGUGGGCCAGCAAUCCCGCGAGAGCAACAAGGACGAGGGGCGACUCUUCAGCAAGAUGUUCAUCCGUCGAGUGGGUCUGGGCGAAGCUGAAAGGGCCUUAGCUGAGUAUGGCCGGAAGCACCAGAUGGCUAAUGCGCAGCUUCAGGUGCUUCGGGACCAGCUUGCUUCUGCCAUGCUGACGCUACCCAUCUGGCAUUGUGUGGUGGAUGCCCUGGACAGACCCAAGAUGCUGGGGGUCUCCAUUUUCUUCAUGCAAAAUAUGGAUGAGUUGACUGAGCUGGCAAGAGAUUGUCUCAUUGAAUUCCUAACAGAGGACAGCCCUGACGAGCUGCAGGAAGGCAUUCGAAAUCCGCAGUUUCAGAUGUGGGCGAAACAAUGGUAUUUGCAGUCCAUGGACUUAUCCGAUGAAAGAAGCAUUAGGUACAUUUGCAGGCUUCGGAGCUGCAAUGUGUUGUUUCAUUGCAUCCGAAAUGGAUUUCACGCGUGCUGUCGCUUGUUACUCGAUGAGUACAGCGACCUGACAGCCAAAGAGCGAUGGCUGGUGUUGGCGGAGCCCCUCAGACUUCUUCCAAAGUUUCAGGCCAAUAGUAUCCACGAAGCAGCCUACUGUGGAUCUGCCCAAUGCUUGAGGGUGCUGGUGGAGUAUGCGAAACGUCACAACUUGGACUGGAAGGAUCUGAAGGAUUCUACGGAUCGGACGGCCUUGGCUCUGGCCGAGGACCAAAGGAAGCGAGGCAAAGAGGGUGCUGUUGAAUGCUGCCACCUGUUGCGAUUGGAAUAUGGAGAGAGCGCAACUGACCUUGGGACCUUGGACAGUUCCUUUGCCUUUGAAGGCAUUCUCAUCAUCGAUGUGGAAAACCAAGCCAUGGAGAAGCGUCGAUACAAAUAUCCCUUGCCAGCCGAGUGCUCCUGGGCACAUCUAGGUGCAACUUGUGGCAAGGCCAUGCAGGAAGUCUGGCAGCAUGGUGAGAUGGGAAGGAUUGCAGUUCUGUUGGUCUCUCAGCACAUCUAUGGUGCCGAUACUGAUGCAAUCCAUGCAUUUUUUCGAUGCUGCAGAAAUGCAUGGAGCCUGGGGUUUUCGAAGUGCCGCUUCAUGGAACCCCAAGCCUCACUGCUGGUGCUUGAUGCGGUAAAGGAGCUAUUGGCCGACAGUAACAUGCCGAAGUGGGAGAGGCUGUACGUUUUCCAACCCAUGAGUUGCGUGAAAGAGGAGAAAGGCGAUCGUGUUUUUCUGGAGGAGCAAAUGAAAUGCGACAGCCAGAGCUUCAUCCAAAAAGUCAAUGGCCUUUGCAAUCUCAUCGCCAGCAAGCCUCAUUUGCCCUUGUGGCGUUGCGACCGGCUUCAUUCAUCUUGGUACAUGGACUACGAUCCUGGCUUGGGUGCUUGUUUCCAAGCAGCUUUGGAUGUGAAGAGUUGCGUUCGUUUGCUACAAUCUCCAGCUGAAAAGCCCAUCUACCGCUCCUUCUGGCCCCGUUUGUUGGCUGUGGACCGCCGUUGGCUCAACCGCCUGCGGAUGCUUUCGGAUGCCUCCUUGACGGACCCCUGGCAGGCUGUGGACCCCUGCGCACGGCCGUGCUUGGUGCGCUGCGCGCAGCUGUGGCUCUGGGCGCUGUGUCCGCAGGGGGAUCCGAGCUUCUGGGUGCACAGCCGGUUGUUGCAGAGGCAGCAGCUGGAGGAGCUGUGCUCCGAAGUGGACAGUGGAUUGGUGGGCUUGCUGAUGAUGUCCAAGUUAAUGCCUGGACUGCAGCAGGACCUGAACAACAGCCUUCCGCCGUUGGCCCGCUCAUGGCUGCCCGCCACCGCCCGCGUCUUGUCUGCGGCGGAUGCUGCAGCGGCUGCACAGGGCGAGGAGGCUCCCUCAGUGGAAUGUUCAGCACCUUUGCCUCAUGUUCUGAUUCGGGCCUUGAGCUCAGACUUGGAAGUUGGCAGCUCUCCACUGCCGUGUCCCAGCUGGACCCAACUAGGCAGAUGCACUCUGUUGGCCAGCGCCGUUGCGAUUCGUUGCCGCGGCCGCACAGUGGCAAGGACUGCCGCAAAGACUAAGGCUGCGACAGUCGAGCCAAAGGGUGUAUCGGCCGAAACAGCGCUGAUGACAACACAGGCAGAGGUUUCGAAGAAAUUGGACAUGUUCGAAAGUGUUCGCCAUGUAUGCCAAUCUGUUGACAUUCCACUGCCCGGAGUUGUGGUGGUUGGGGAGCAGUCGGCUGGCAAAUCAUCCCUGCUGGAAAACAUCUCCGGGAUUCAGUUUCCGAGAGCACAGAACACUUGUACAAGGAUGCCUUGCGUGCUGUCGCUGCUUACCGAUCCAACAGUUAAGGAAUCCCACGCCAUGGUUUCCAUCGACCCAGGUUUUGCUAAUGCAACAACAUGCACCGUGCCGGAAGUUGAAAAGCAGAUCAAACAGCUGACCGAAGAAUAUGCGACUGGCGGCGACCAGUUCAUCUCAAGCCAGGCUAUGUAUAUUCGCGUGGUUCGCAAGGAAGGACCCCAGCUGAGUUUGAUUGACCUUCCUGGUGUCACGCACAACUCUGAUGAGAUGAAGGACAUCCAUGAGGUGACUGUGAACUUGGUGGAAGAAUACAUCCGACCUAAAGAGAUGGUCAUCCUUUGCGUGAUCCCUGCCAUGUCUGACUUUGGUAAUGCGGAGGUGGUGAAAUUGGCGCGGAAGUACGAUCCAGAUGGCAUCCGAACUUUGGGCGUUGUAACAAAGUGCGAUGAUGCCGCCAAUGCCGAAGCUUCUGAUAUUGUGAAGAAGGUUUUGAUGUCGAGAUCUUCGGAUGUUCGUCUGGAGCUGGGUUUUCACUGCGUGGUGAACCGCUCGCAGAAGAACAUCGACGAGGAAAUGAGUCGCGAAGAUCUUUGGGCCAAGGAAAGGAAGAUCUUUACCAAGAACGAGCGCAUGAAGAGAUUGCCAGAGAAGAACUGGGGCACCCUGCGCUUGAUGGAAAAAGUUGCCAAGAUUCAGGAAGCCCGUGUGGAUGAGUGUCUCCCGAAGAUCAAGGAAUCAGUACGCAGGAAGAUGGGCGAAUUGCAGGCAGAAUUGCGAGAGGUGCCCCCUCAGCCGGAGACGGGGGCAGACAAGUCCAGGCUCUUAAACAGACUUGUAUCACAGAUCCGAGAUGAUUUGGCGCGCCGAAUCCGAGCAGAGUUCAUGUCUGCUGAGCCUUCUGAUCGACACUUGACUAUUGCUCCAAUUGUUGCUUCGAUGGUUCAGAACUUCAAGAGUCAGCUGCUGAAGAAAAAUCCAAAUUGGUUGGGAGAAGCUAUGAUUGAGGAGGUGGAUUACACCGUGCAGACCUUUGUGACUGGCUACACCGUGGACAAUCUCACAGGUCCCCAGGUCUUCAACAACCUCAUCAAGCAGACCUUCAUCGAUGAAGGGCUGUUGAAACGCAGCGUUCAUGGCUUGGUCACAGAUGUUGGUGAGCACCUUCGCAGUGUGGUGAUGCAUGUAAUUGAAGUCCACGCGAACAACUAUCCCAUCCUCUCCAAUCGUUUGGAUGCCAAGGCUGAGGAAUGCAUUGACCAACUCGCAGCCAAAACCCGAGAUGUAUGCGGGAUGCUCGCAGAGGCUGAGGAAGUAACGUCCACCACGUAUGGUCAGUACACAGUCAAGCUGACGGAGUUUCGAAAGUCUUGGCUUCAGGAUCCCGAGGAUGGGGGCACAGAUACUCUUGCGACAGCGCUUCGGGGAGCUGAAGGGCAGAGUGAGGUACCAGUAGAGUUCCUGACCUUAGUCGAGGAAGCCCAAGAAGAGCCUCGAAAACUCGCAACCCUUGAAAUCUGUGCCUCGCUACACGUCUACACUGGGUUAAUGAUUGAGGGAUUUGUGGAAUCGUCUGCGAAACUUGUCAAGUUCUUCAUGAUGUUGCAACUGGCAGACCAGCUGGAGGCAAUCUGGAGAGGGGAUUUGGGUGCGCUGGAUGAACUUUUCCCAACGGAUCAGACACUGGCUCUGAAAAAAGAAGACCUCACAAGGAAAAUCGACGAGUUGUCCGGCUUCAAGGACAAGCUGAUGAAUCUGCGACCUGCGGCGCUGCCGGCCAAGAGACGAAAGCGGACGCUUUCCGCGAACGCCCAAACCAGGGCAAGUGCAUCGAAGAGACCAUAG